AUGUGGAGUGCUCGUGAGCAGAUCCGCCCCGCUCGGCUUCUCGAGCUGGAAUCAAAUGAUGAGUCAACCGCUGCAGCACAGAUCAUCGAAUUAGAGAGGACAAAACUCGUUGGGAACGCGGCGACGGCGCUGGCCCUGCUGCGCUGCGGCCGCCUGCGCCGCCACGCCACCACGGCCUUCGUGCUGGGGCUGUGCGCCUCCGACCUCCUCUUCUGCGCCGUCAACCUGCCGCUCACCGCCGCGCGCUACGCCCAGCGCGCCUGGCGCCUGGGCGACGCGCUCUGCAGCCUCUUCGCCUUCUUCUUCUACGGCAACGUGGCCGCGUCGCUGCUCAGCAUGGUCGCCAUCACGCUCACCAGGCUGGUGCUGGUGGCGUGCCGCGCGCAGUACGAGCGCGUGUUCCGAGCGCCGCGCGCCGCGCUGCUGGCCGCCGCCGCGUGGCUGCUGGGCUUCGCGCCCAUGCUGCUGCCGCUGGCGGGCGUGUGGGGGCGGCUGGGCCUGCACGCGCGCACCUUCUCCUGCACCGUGCUGCCGCGGGCGGGCGGCGGGCCGUCGCCCAAGAAACUGCUGUUCGUCGUCGCCUUCCUGCUGCCGUGCGCCGUCAUCGUGGCCUCCUACUCCUGCAUCUACUGGCGCGUGCGCAGCAGCCGACGCGCGCUCCGGGCGCACAGGGCCCCCAGUGUCCCCGCCUCCACGAACGGCUGCGCGCCUCGCCCCGUGACCGGCUCCGCGCCCGCGCCCGCGUCCGCGCCCGCCGCCGCCGCCACCCCCGCGCAGCUGCAGCAGCGCCGCGAGGACAGCCGCCUCACUCGCCUCAUGCUCUCCAUCUUCUGCUGCUUCCUGCUCUGCUUCCUGCCGCUCAUGCUGGUCAACGUGGCCGACGACGAGGUACGUGGCAAGGCCGCUCAGCCGCACAAUAUCGCUUUAUGCCCACGAACAUGUGCUGAACAAUUAGGGAAAGCAUGCCAACUG